CUCAGAGUCUUCCGUUAACUGUCACUCUCUCCCCUCCCCCUUGCCACACACACCAGGGCCUGCCAGGACUGAGCCAUUCCUGGCCACUCCCACAGGGACCCACACCCACCAGGCAUCCUUGCACCCUCGCCCAUGGACCCCCUGCGGCAGUCCCCUUCCCCCUGCUCCUCCCGGCCCUCCAGCCCCAGGACCCCACCGUGCGAGAUGUUAGGUCUCGUGGGCAUUGAAGCCGUGCUGGACCAGCUGAAGAUCAAGGCCAUGAAGAUGGGGUUUGAGUUCAACAUCAUGGUGGUGGGGCAGAGCGGGCUGGGCAAGUCCACCAUGGUGAACACGCUGUUCAGGUCCAAAGUGUGGAAGUCGACCCUGCCAGGCCUGGGGGUGACCACCCCCCAGACACUGAAGCUGCAUGCAGUGACCCAUGUCAUCGAGGAAAAGGGCGUGAAGCUGAAACUGACGGUGAUUGACACGCCCGGCUUUGGGGACCAGAUCAACAACGACAAGUGCUGGGACCCCAUCCUGGGCUACAUCAACGCGCAGUACGAGCAGUUCCUGCAGGAGGAGCUGCUCAUCACCCGCCAGCGCCACAUCCCAGACACCCGCGUGCACUGCUGCGUGUACUUCGUGCCGCCCACCGGGCACUGCCUGCGGCCCCUGGACAUUGAGUUCCUGCAGCGGCUGUGCCGGACGGUGAACGUGGUGCCCGUGAUCGCCCGGGCGGACAGCCUGACCAUUGAAGAGCGAGAGGCCUUCAGGACCAGGAUCCAGCAAAACCUGAGAAGUCACUGCAUCGACGUGUAUCCACAGAAGUGCUUUGACGAGGACAUCAACGACAGGAUCCUCAACAGCAAGAUCCGGGACCGGAUCCCCUUUGCUGUGGUCGGGGCUGACCGAGAGCACCUGGUGAACGGGAAGUGUGUCCUGGGUCGGAAGACCAAGUGGGGCAUCAUUGAAGUGGAGAACAUGGCGCACUGUGAGUUUCCUCUCCUGAGAGAUCUGCUCAUCCGCUCCCACCUGCAGGACCUGAAGGACAUCACCCACAAUGUCCACUACGAGAACUACCGCGUCGUCAGGCUCAACGAGAGCCACCUGCUGCCCCGCGGGCCGGGCUGGGUGAACCUGGCCCCUGCCUCUGAGGGUCAGCUGUCCAGCCCUGGGCCCUUCAAAGUCUACAGCAGAACCCAGGACAAUCCUGCCUUAGCAGGUCAGCUGUCUAGCGCCGGGCCCUACAAAGCUUACAGCAGGGCCCAGGACAAUGCCACCUCGGCAGGUCAGCUGUCCAGCCCCAGGCUCUCCAAAGCCUACAGCAGGGUCCAGGACGAUGCCACCUCAGCAGGUCAGCUGUCCAGCCCCAGGCCCUCCAAAGCCUACAGCAGGGCCCAGGACAAUGCCACCUCGGGUCAGCCGUCCAGCCCCAGGUCCUCCAAAAUCUACAGCAGGGCUCAGGAUGAUUACUCCGUGGCAGGUCAGCUGUCCAGCCCCCAGCCCUCCAGAAUCUACAGCAGGGCCCAGGACAAUUCUGAGGAUGAGUUCUGAGCACGCACAGGUUCCCAGCAUGCACCUGUUUAGCAGAGCACCUGUUAAAGGUGGACAUUGUUUUUUAUGAAACGCUGUGCUUGGAAAACAGAGA